AAGUAGAUUCCUAACUAGAUUCAUCUUCCUCUUAUUCAGCUGCCACUUUUGAUGCUCUUUUAAUUCUGCCUGGAUCAUGCUAACCCUUUAUUUAGAAGUCUGAAAUGACUUCUAUUGCCUCCAUGUGCUAGAUACCCAAUCUCAGUUAAAUGUGUAAGCCUCAGAUUUCCCAUUGAUUAAAUGGCUGUAAUAAUAAUACCUACCUCAUGGGAGUUUUAGGAAAAUUAUAUGAGAUAAUUCCUGAAAACAGCUUAGGAAAGCAACUACUAAUUUAUUAAUAAAUGUUGAUGAUGAUUUUAAUUUUUUAUCCAGUAAAGACCAUAUUCACCGUAAUAGUCUUCUUUUCCAAAUUGACUUAUCCCUUAUGCCCUAAAUAUCUCCUUACUUUCCUGCCUCCAUAUUUGUAUAUAUUUCUUCAAUUCUUUCUACUGAUACUACCACCUUGCAUCUCCCAUCUCUCCAAAUCCUACCUAGCCUUUUAGAUUACUUUAAAGUUUCAUAUUUCCUUGAUAAUCUCACCCAGGAAUUAUCUCAGUAUCCAUUAAACUAAUGUAUCACUUAGAUUCUGCUGUUCAUAAUUCUUUUGAAUUCAGCCUCAUUUACUAUGCUCCUAACUUCUUUUUACUGUAUUUCAUGAGCUUCUUUAUAGGAAGGAUGUUGUCUGCCUUUUUAGUGUGUCUUACCAUCUCAUCUCUAGCACAGUCUGCUGGAUGGAGUGGGGCAGUAAUAAAUACUAAUUGAACCCCCCCCAAAAAAAAAGAAAGAAAAAGAAAAGAAGAAAAGAAAAAAGAAUAUGUCAAAGCUGGUGGCAUUCUUCAGGAGGAUAUUUCUGAAGCUUGUCUAAUUUUGGGAGUUAAAAGACCCCCAGAGGAAAAAUUAAUGUCUAAGAAGACUUAUGCAUUCUUCUCCCACACAAUAAAGGCUCAGGAGGCCAAUAUGGGCUUGCUGGAUGAGAUUCUGAGACAGGAAAUCCGACUUAUUGAUUACGAGAAAAUGGUGGAUCAUAGAGGAACACGGGUAGUGGCGUUUGGACAGUGGGCAGGUGUGGCUGGGAUGAUCAACAUUUUACACGGAAUGGGGCUAAGGCUCCUCGCUUUGGGACAUCACACACCUUUUAUGCACAUUGGCAUGGCCCAUAACUACAGGAACAGCAGCCAGGCCGUGCAAGCUGUCCGCGAUGCUGGCUAUGAAAUAUCUCUGGGUUUGAUGCCAAAGUCGAUAGGGCCUUUAACAUUUGUGUUCACAGGGACUGGUAAUGUAUCUAAGGGAGCCCAAGAAAUCUUCAAUGAGUUGCCUUGUGAAUAUGUGGAACCACAUGAAUUAAAAGAAGUUUCCCAAAAUGGAGACCUGAGAAAAGUGUAUGGGACGGUGUUAAGUCGCCAUCAUCAUCUUGUCAGGAAAACAGAUGGUGUGUAUGAUCCUGUAGAGUAUGACAAAUACCCUGAGCACUACAUAAGUCGUUUUAAUACUGACAUUGCACCCUAUACAACUUGUUUAAUUAACGGAAUCUACUGGGAGCAAAACACCCCUCGUCUGCUAACUCGCCAAGAUGUCCAGACUCUCUUGGUUCCAGGCAAGUCCUCUGUUGCCGGUGUGGAAGGCUGCCCUGCAUUACCACACAAACUUGUGGCGAUAUGUGACAUUUCAGCUGACACAGGAGGAUCUAUAGAGUUUAUGACUGAAUGUACGACAAUAGAACAUCCCUUUUGUAUGUAUGAUGCAGACCAGCAUAUCAUUCAUGACAGUGUUGAAGGUUCUGGGAUUCUGAUGUGUUCCAUUGACAAUUUGCCAGCACAGCUUCCGAUUGAAGCUACAGAAUACUUUGGAGACAUGCUUUACCCUUACGUUGAAGAAAUGAUAUUAUCAGAUGCCACACAGCCUCUUGAAAGUCAGAAUUUUUCUCCUGUGGUGCGAGAUGCAGUGAUUACAUCCAAUGGUGUAUUGACUGAUAAGUAUAAAUAUAUCCAGAAACUCCGAGAGAGCAGGGAACUUGCUCAGUCACUUUCAAUGGGCACCAAGAAAAAGGUCUUGGUUCUUGGAUCUGGUUAUGUAUCUGAACCUGUGUUGGAAUAUCUGUCAAGAGAUAACAAGAUUGAAAUCACAGUAGGCUCUGACAUGAAGAACCAAAUUGAACAGUUAGGCAAGAAAUAUAAUAUUAAUCCUAUUAGCGUGGACAUUAGUAAACAAGAAGAGAAGUUGAACUCCUUGGUGGCAAAACAGGAUCUUGUCAUCAGCUUGUUGCCUUACGCAUUGCAUCCUCUUGUGGCGAAGGCAUGCAUCACAAGCAAAGUUAACAUGAUCACUGCAAGCUACAUCACACCAGCACUAAAAGAAUUAGAAAAGAGUGUGGAAGAUGCUGGCAUCACAGUCAUUGGUGAACUGGGAUUGGACCCUGGUCUUGAUCAUAUGCUGGCAAUGGAAACUAUAGAUAAGGCCAAGGAAGUGGGAGCCACGAUUGAAUCUUACAUUUCCUACUGUGGUGGGCUUCCAGCCCCUGAACAUUCAGACAAUCCUUUGAGAUACAAAUUCAGCUGGAGUCCAGUGGGAGUUCUGAUGAACAUAACACAGCCUGCCACCUACCUGCUCAAUGGAAAGGUUGUGAAUGUUGCAGGGGGCAUCUCCUUUCUUGAUGCGGUUACUCCCAUGGAUUAUUUCCCCGGGUUGAAUUUGGAAGGCUAUCCUAACAGAGACAGUACAAAAUACGCCGAGAUAUAUGGCAUUCCAUCAGCUCACACUUUGAUGCGGGGGACGCUGAGAUACAAGGGGUAUGCCAAAGCUUUGAAUGGAUUUGUAAAACUGGGUCUUAUAAAUAGAGAUGCAUUUCCCGCUCUUCGACCUGAGGCCAGCCCUCUCACUUGGAAAGAACUCCUUUGUGAUCUGAUUGGGAUUUCCCCCUCCUCCAAGCAUGAUGUGCUCAAGGAAGCUGUCUUUGAGAAACUAGGAAGAGACAACACCCAGCUGGAGGCCGCUGAGGGGUUGGGCUUACUUGGGGAUGAACAAGUCCCUCAAGCAGAGUCUGUGGUGGAUGCCCUCUCCAAGCAUUUGGCCAGGAAACUCUCCUAUGGCCCUGGAGAGAAAGAUAUGAUUGUGAUGAGAGACAGUUUUGGAAUCAGACAUCCUUCUGGACAUUUGGAAAAUAAAACUAUCGAUCUUGUGGUUUAUGGGGACAUCAAUGGCUUUUCAGCCAUGGCUAAAACUGUGGGGUUACCCACUGCCAUGGCAGCCAAAAUGUUACUUGAUGGUGAAAUUAAAGCUAAAGGCCUGAUGGGGCCCUUUUCAAAGGACAUCUAUGGACCAAUAUUGGAGCGAAUUAAAGCAGAAGGCAUUAUAUAUACAACACAGAGCACAAUCAAACUGUAAUUAAGAAUUAUAUCUUGUUUUUAUCUUCCCAGGCAACAUAGCUCUGAACAUUUUUGCAACAAACCUACUUGCUAAUGUGCUACUUUGAAAUACAAAGCUUGAUAUUUUUUGAGUCAGUCAAUACAAUGAUGUUUUUCAAAUGUAAGUCUCUAUUUUAAUAUGAAAACAUCGGGAGCAGGAGAUGCCAGUAAUUAUAAGAAAACUUUAAUAAUUCUACAUGCAUUUUUUCAUGUGUAUGCAAAAGUGAUGAUUGUGCUGUAUGUUAAUUUAUUGUGCAACUUUUUUCUUAUAAGAAUAUAUUUUCCUAUGAUCAGCAGAUAAACUUUUAUCUUUUUAGUAAGAAAAAUUUUUUCACACAGUUAUAUUUUUGUAUUUUUCAAAUGGAUUCAGUUAGAUACUCUUAGAUUACCCAUCUUAUAAGCCUUUGCAAUAAUUCUGUUUUAUGUUUUUUCGGUAAAAUUAUGAUUUAUCUAGUAAAUGACAUUUUUUAUA